AUGCCAAAACCUACCACGAAGACAGCGGCCUCUGAGCGGCGACAUAUACCCCUAGCGGAUGAGAUAACGUCCGCUGGCCAUCUCCGAACAAAGUCAGGCAGCAAGCGGAAAUCAAGGUCCGAAGACGAGACGGAAGAUGACCAUUACCUCGAUUCAAAAUCCUCAAAGAAGAUCCUGCAGAUUGGAAGAGACUUGGCCGAUGAAGAUGCUGCAGAGGCUAGAGCUGCUGCAGAAGCUGCAGGUAUUGAUCUAAAGACAAAGGCUGCAUUUGAUUUCGAGUCCCGGCUGGCUGGUGAAGAGUCCACUUUUGAAGACGAGGAGGAUAUUGUCCAAUACGACGAUGAUGCGCAAUGGGAGGAUGAGGGAGAAGUCGAAGAAGUGGAGGUUGACCCUAAUGACUUGGAUAUGUUUCACAAAUUUCUCCCGCGAGAUGAGGAAGAUCCUAUAUUUCACCCGCGCGAGGACGGCAUGGAAGGCAACGGCGAAAGCACCAAUUUGGCCGACCUCAUACUGGAAAAGAUAGCUGCACAUGAAGCAGGCCAGUCUGCUGAACCCCUUGUUCUCGGAGGUGGUGCCCCAGAGGACGCGAUUGAGAUUCCAGCGAAGGCAUUAGAGGUCUACGAUAAAGUCGGUUAUCUCCUCUCUCGCUACAAAUCUGGCCCUCUCCCUAAACCAUUUAAAAUUCUACCUACUCUACCAUACUGGGACGCUCUACUCUCUGUUACAAAACCGGAGGCAUGGACACCAAAUGCAAUCUACGCCGGUACUAGAAUAUUCAUAUCCGCAAAGCCACACAUUGCUCAACAAUUCAUCUCCAUGGUUCUUCUAGAGCGGGUCCGAGAUGAUAUCAGAGAAACAAAGAAACUACACGUACACAUAUACAAUGCUCUAAAGAAGGCCUUGUAUAAACCUGCUUGCUUCUUCAAGGGACUUUUGUUCCCACUCAUAGCAAGCGGAACAUGCACAUUACGAGAAGCACAGAUAGUAUCCAGUGUGAUAACGCGAGUGUCUAUACCAGUCUUACACUCAGCUGCUGCACUCCUCCGAUUAUGCGAGAUAUCAGCUGAGCAAACCAUAUCCUCUUUCAAUGCAGAAGGCACAGGUGCGACAAACAUGUUCAUCCGUGUAUUUUUAGACAAGAAAUAUGCCCUGCCGUAUAAAGUCAUCGAUGCCUUAGUGUUCCAUUUCCUCCGAUUCCGUGCCACAAAACCGGACGACGAGAACGGUGACGCAAGCAUGAAUGGACCAGGGUCAUACUCGGCUGCUGCUGCAAGGGACUAUAAGCUUCCCGUUCUAUGGCAUCAAUCUCUUCUUGCGUUUGCCCAGCGUUAUCGAAACGAUAUCACAGAGGACCAGCGUGAAGCGCUCCUUGACCUUCUGCUGUCCAAUGGACAUAAAGAUAUCGGCCCAGAAGUACGGAGAGAGCUCCUGGCCGGAAGAGGCAGAGGAAUCGUUGUGCCCGAAGUCGUUGAAAACAACGGAGGCGACGAUACUAUGGAUAUGACAAUAUAA